AUGGACCGCGGCCCUUCCGUCUCCGACGAGGACGACGACCUCGAGACCCUGGAAGAGGGAUUGCCGGCCAACCGGCGGACCAUUGAGUGGAACCCCAAGAAAGACCGGUUCCUCUUAGCCAUCUGCAUCUCCGGGCAAAUGUCCAACCACUUGAUUUGCUUGGAGAAGCACAUGUUCAUGGCAGCGCUUCUUGGCCGUACCCUGGUGGUGCCCAGCCAGAAGGUGGAUUACCAGUACGAUCGGGUGCUUGAUAUCAACCACAUUAAUGAUUGCAUUGGGAGGAAGGUUGUGAUCACCUAUGAGGAGUUUGUGGAGAAGAGGAAGAAAGUGAUCAUCGAUCAGUUCAUAUGCUACGCCGCCUCGCCUCCAUGUUUCCUUGAUGAGGACCAUAUUAAGAAGCUGAAAGGACUGGGUAUUUCUCUGGGCAAGAUUGAGGCAGCUUGGCCAGAGGAUGCGAAGCUGAAGGAGCCAAAGAAGAGAUUUGUUGGGGAUAUUGCACCAAAGUUUUCGACAGAGGCUGAGGUCCUUGCCAUUGGCGACAUGUUCUAUGCCGAUGUGGAGGAUGAGUGGCUGAAUCAACCUGGUGGUCCAUUGGCUCACAAGUGCAAGACUUUGAUUCAACCAAGUAGGCUCAUUCUGCUCACUUCUCAACGCUUCGUCCAGACUUUCUUGGGAGGAAACUAUAUUGCUUUGCAUUUUCGACGGCACGGAUUCCUUAAAUUCUGUAAUGUGAAGAAAGAGAGCUGCUUCUUCCCCAUCCCUCAGGCGGCAGAAUGCAUUCUGCGAAUCGUUGAGAAGGCUAAUGCACCUGUGAUAUAUUUAUCUACCGAUGCUGCUGAGAGCGAAACAAAUCUUCUGCAGUCCUUGGUUGUAUUCAACGACAGACAAGUCCCUCUUGUGGAGAGGCCAGAGCACGACAGCUCUGAGAAAUGGGAUGCCUUGCUACACAGAAACCACAUGGGUGGAGAUACUCAGGUUGACGCGAUGCUUGACAAGACGAUCUGUGCACUAUCAAACGUAUUCAUAGGAUCAUCAGGGUCCACCUUCACGGAGGACAUCUUCCGGUUGCGGAGGGGCUGGGGAUCAGCGUCGCACUGUGACGAGUACCUCUGCCAGGGUGAGCUGCCCAACUACAUAGCAGAGUUAGACUGA